AUGCCCUUCCUGGCACGCCUGCGCACGCCAACCAAAGCGAAGAGGUCAUCCUUCUCGCAGCCACAACAAUCCAUAGAAGCCGCUCCCCCACUCCCAACUCCCGUAGGGACAGGUGAACAUGGGCCCAUCUCAUAUGAUGUGCGAGUCCCUCGAGGCAUGACACGGGAGGGGCCAAGUCAGAAUACUGGCGAGGUCCGAGGAUCUUCACUACCAUUCAAGCUAAACGCUGAAGACGCAUCUCCACCAGUCUCCUCUUCGUACUCACACAGCCCCUCGGGUCAAGCAGACGGAGAACAUGUGGAAGCGCGCAAGUUUCUCCAGAUCGAUGUGCCCGCCACACGGCCAGAAGACCUCUUGCAUCCACCCGCGUUGGCUACCGACACACCCAGUGCGGAUAGUAGCAGUAUCGCGACACCGCCUUUGGCUUCGUCGGCAUUUCGCUUCGAGACGCCGCGCCAUUCUGGCUCGACGAAAGCUUCUCACUCACAUGACAGCCCCUCCGCUCCCACGCCGAUCCCUAGUGCCCGUGGUGGUGCUGCUGCCAAAAGAAGGCCAAAGACGUCACCUUCCACGUCCGCGAGCGACUCUGUGGAUCACGUCGCGGUGGAGGCGAGCAUCGCGGCAACCUUGCCAAAUGCGCUUCACGCGGACAAUUCAGGUACCACCGAUGUUCUCCGCACUGGCACCAGAGAUGACAGCGCUCGAGCGUCAAAUUCGAGAAACCUGUUGUUGGCACAGCGCAGUAGUCUCCACAAUCUUCCGAAGCUGUCUAGGGAUGCUUCCCACUGCGUUCAAGCGCUCCAACGCUCCUCAGCGCCGCCCUCGCGCGAGACGCAGGCGGGCACAGAUUUCGAUUCGAGGGUGUGGCUGCGAGUGCCAGAGAGCGGCCAGGGCAGUCAGCGCUCAAGCUCAACAAUUUCGACUGCUUCAGUGACGUCGUCUCACUCCAGCGUGGAGGGGCCAUCGGCGGCCCCUGUGCGGGCGUCAGACUUUGUUCACGACGAACCAGCUGAGAUCAUGCACAGCCUGCCUUUCGGGGAAAAAGCCCCUACUCUUCCAGAGGAGGAGAUGACGGAGGUGUUGCAGACGCCGCGCGCCAGCUUGGAUGGUUGGAAAUUGACAGUGAGUCUUGCAAUUGAAGUCUAUGCGCACGGCCUCCGAUGCUAAGAUGGUCUCCAAUCAAUCCCCUUUAGGCCUCCGAAACUUCGGCGCGACCAGCGCCCAAGCAUUCUUGGAGCGCUUCGGGCGCAUCAGUACAUCCUCGCAUCGCUCACGUCAUGCGUAGCGAGUCGUUGUCGGUCCCUACCGCUCGGGAAACAGACACAUCGCCAUCUCCGACGCACUCGAGAGCAAACAGUAUCCGCAGUGUCACCUCCAACGGCAGUCGCCGCAUUUCUUUCUCGCCGAGCGUGCGCAUAGCCAAUGCAAAGGCUCCUGCAGGGCGGCUACGACCCAUUCAUGGUCUUGGAGGUCAGAUAGCCCUUGGCGGUGGCUGGAGGCAUCAAAGAAGUGAAAAGGAUAACAACCCACCUACGCCAGCUGCUUCUACUGGGAGGGGCGGUGCAGGCAACCAUCGGCGACCUAGAACAGCACCCGGCGCUCCAGAGAGCGAGGCGGUCGCCAGGGGCACUUUUGUCCGGCUUGCAAAUUCCGAUUCCCACGAGCAUGAAGAGACUCAUGGACAGCGCAAACUUCCAGCUGUGAGCCCAGACACCGAGUCUGGGCCAAGCGCUGCCUCACCGACAAAGAGCAUCUUUUCGCUUCGUCGCCCGCGCUCACGUGGAUCUACUAGAGCAAAGCCAGAGCGAUCGCCGACUGACCGCGACGUCUACGCUCCCAUUCAUCCGAACGGUCCGUUUGGUGGACGAUUACCGGCGGAAGCGAUCAACUUGCCCAUGGAGGCCACUGCAGUUGACCGAAUGCCGGCACCGCCACGUGCCUUUUACCCUGGAACCUUGAUUCUCGUUCGGUCGGAGUCCGAAGAGGACGAUGAUCACAGCGUCUCUUCCAACGUUGGCGAUGAAACUUCACUCGACAAUCGGGUUCUCGCGGGCGUGACUGCUGUUCAGACGUUCAGUCCGUAUGCGGGAAUGCCUGUUGCCGUCAGCCCGACUCGCGCCAUAGCCAUGGAAACGGAUACAGCGACCUCAGACGUUCCUGUGGGCGAUGACCUGGCUCUUUCAGGUCAGAUUGAUCCGAUGCAUGCCCGAGCCGAAGCAGCGCUACGUGGCGAACAUGGUACAAAUGAAGAUGAAAGGGUCAGCCACUCGGCAGAUCCAGUGUACAGCUCAGAGGAUGAGGCAGACCAGGAUGUGGAAGAGGCACGACAACGCACACCUUCCGGCAACCAUCGAGUCUUGUGGAAAGGCCCUUCUCGACCGUCAAGCGCUGAAGUCCUGGGCGUUUUGCCGGGCGACUCGGACUCAGAGCACGCACGUGAAACCGACGAUGAGGAAGCCUCUCCUUCGAGCAAGCAGCAUCGGCGUCUCAGCAGCCUUAGCAAAGUCUUGGGUCGGGUGGGCCGCGCUUUGCAACCCCGAAGACCUUACGACGAGGAGGGCAAUAAGGACAAUCGUCGGCCGAGCAGCCGUGUCGAUCGUAUAGACGAAGCGGUCACUCCUCGCAAGGCCUCUCACAGGCGCAGAGCGACAGUGAACACUUCUUUACCGACCACAGAGCUGUCAGCCUUAUUACCACAUCAAGCUGCUUCUCUCGCGCAGGCCGCCGAAUCAGCGGUCACCAGAAAGGGAUCUUCUUCGCGCCUCAAUGCACUUCGAGAGGACCGCGCCAGCGAGCCACCUCCAAGAGCUACGCCUGCGUGUGCACGUAUCGUGGCGAAAGAUGACGUAUCUUCGUAUGCCUCGCCGAUCCUGGUCAAUUCACCGCUGUACGAUGGAAGUCUGCAGGAAUGGCAGUCUCGGCGGCAAAGUCUGCGCUCAGCAGGCAGGUCUCGCCCAGGCUCAACGCAAGGACGCAAUGACGGUAAUUCUCGGGUUGUGGAGCAGCCUGAGAUCGUAGAAAUUCGCAAGCGCGAAACGCCUUGGGACCUUGAGCUGAGAGCCCUCGAGGCUAUGCAUCUGCGGGAAAAACGACGCGAAAGCAGAAGCGCAAGUCGUGCUGCGAGUCGGCGUGGAAGCACGACUCCGAGCCUCUCGGCGACGAGCACUGGCGGGGCUGCAACGGACAACAUUUCUGGUUCCAACACGCCGCUUCCAGAUAGCGAUUCAUUCGCUGCAAGCCCCGUGAAAUCUCGUUUGACACCAGUCUCGCCUGCUUCCAUCAAAUCAGCAGGCGGCUCGCUCCCUGCUAGUCCCGUCCGCGCGGGCCUCGCUUCAUCUUCGCAGAGGUCAUAG